AUGAUCCGAGAGUUGUCCAAUCCUUCAGUAUGUAUGAAAAACCCUGGGAAAGUGCAGGACAUCCUCUUAUCGAUGCAAAAGGCAGGCUCCAACACACUCCAGGUGAUCUCAGACUUUGACAUGACUUUAACCAGAUUUGCAUUCAAUGGAAAACGGUGUCCCACUUGUCACAAUAUACUUGACAAUAGUAGACUCAUUGACGAUGAAUGUAAACUAAAGUUAAAGGACCUACUGAACACUUACUACCCCAUAGAGAUUGACCCGACUCGCUCAGCUGAGGAAAAGCUACCUCUGAUGGUGGAGUGGUGGACACAGGCUCAUGAACUCUUAAUUCAGCAAAAAAUAAAAAAAGAUGCUCUUGUUCUAGCAGUGCAGGAGUCUGAGGCGAAGCUUAGGGAAGGUUACCAGUUUUUCUUCAACCACCUGCACGAGCACAGCAUCCCUCUGCUCAUCUUCUCUGCCGGGAUCGGAGACGUUUUAGAAGAAGUGAUUCGGCAUGCUGGGGUCUUCCACUCCAACGUUAACGUCUUCUCCAAUUACAUGAAGUUUGACGAACUGGGCGUGCUGCAGGAGUUCAAAGGAGAGCUCAUCCACAUCUACAACAAGAGGGAGGGGGCUCUGCUGAACACUGGACACUUCCGGGAGCUGAGGGCUCGACCCAACGUACUGCUGCUCGGAGACUCUCUGGGAGACCUGACGAUGGCCGACGGAGUCCAGGCCAUGGAGAACAUCCUCAAGAUCGGCUUUCUCAACGACAAGGUUGAAGACCGGAGGCAGACGUACAUGGAUUCCUAUGACAUCGUCUUGAUUCAGGAUGAAACAUUAGAAGUCCCUAACGCCAUUGUUCGCUUUCUCACCGGAAACAAGUGA